AUGAUUGAAACCCAAUUAGCUCAACUUGCUAAUAUCAUUAAGGAACAUCAUGUGCAUGCUAGUCUCUCACCCCAAAGUCAAGUUCCAAAGCAAAUAAAUGCCAUAGUGACAAGGAGUUGGAGAAUUUUAGAUGAUUUUCCUAGAGCUAAUAAGGUUUCUAAGUCCAAUGGGAAGGAUCAAGAGGGAGUCGUUGAGUCUAGCGACAAUGAUGUGGUAGAAGAGGAGCCUCCCAUCGAUGAUGUGGGAGAUACUCCUAUACCAAAAGAGGUAAAUCUUCUACCUCUCCCCACUCCUAAACUUCCCUACCCCCAGAGAUUCAUAAGGCACAAGUUAGAUGUGCAAUUCUCAAAAUUCCUUGAUGUUCUUCGAAAAUUCCAUAUUACUAUCCCCUUUACGGAUGCGUUGAAACAAAUGCCAACCUACUCAAGAUUUCUUAACGAAAUCUUGAGUGCGAAGCGAAAUUGUGACGUAAAGGAGACGGUGAACCUCACCGAAAAUUGUAGUGCUAUUAUUCUUAAUCAAAUGCCACCCAAACUUAAAGACCGGGGUAGUUUUUCUAUCCCUUGUGCUAUUAAGAUGCUUGAAAUAAGCAAUGCUUUGUGUGAUUUGGGUGCUAGUGUUAGUCUAAUGACUUAUUCGGUGUAUACCAAGCUUGAAGUUGGUGAUCUUGUCCCAACCAACAUUACAUUGCAACUUGCCGACCGUUCGGUCAAAUACCCUAUUGGCAAGAUUGAGGAUGUACCCUUGAGAGUUGGUGGAUUUGUGAUCCCCGUCGAUUUUGUGGUCCUAGACAUAGAUGAGGACAUGCACAUCCCCAUUAUUCUUGGUCGCCCAUUUUUGGCCACGGCGUGGGCCAUUAUUGAUGUCAAGCAAGGGAAAAUUACUUUGAAAGUUGGGAAGGAUAGUUUGUUUUUUGACUUGAACAAGGCCAUGAGUUAUCCUAGUUCUACUAAUGAGAAAUAUUUCUUGGUCGACUCUUUUGAUCCCUUAGUGUAUGACAUGCAUGAGCACUUGCUCACUACUAACGAUCCACUUGAGUGUGCUCUUUUGAAUAGAGAAAGCUUAGGUGAUUUAGGGGUUGAAGAGGCCAACUACAAGGAACUAUUGGAUUCUACCUCACCUUGCGCUCAAUCGGAGCAAUGCUUGAUUGUGCUUGAUCGAAAUGAAGCUUCGGAUAAUCAUGAAUGCCGAAUUGGUAAGGAAGCUCCUAAGGUAGAGCUAAAACCUCUACCUUCGACCUUAAGGUAUGUCUUUCUCGGUCCAAAUUCUUCUUACCCCGUUAUUAUCAACUCUUCUUGGGACGACGAGCAAGUGCUCAAGCUCACUAAUGUUUUGAAAAGUCAUCAAAGGGCUUUGGGCUACACCAUUGAUUAUUUGAAAGGUGUUACCCCAACACUUUGCAUGCAUCAUAUUGAGCUUGAGGACGAUGCCGUCCCACAUCGUGAAAGGCAAAGAAAACUUAAUCCACCUAUGGGAGAGGUGGUUAAGAAGGAAAUCAUGAAACUUUUGGCGGCCGGGAUUAUCUAUCCUAUUUCAAAUAGUCGAUGGGUAUCCCCGGUCCAUGUUGUCCCCAAGAAGGGUGGGAUGACGGUAGUGAAGAAUGCACAUGGAGAGCUCAUUUCCACCCGCACCGUAACCGGGUGGCGCAUGUGUAUCGACUAUCGCCAACUCCCUCUUUCUACAAAAAAGGACAACUUUCCUUUACCAUUUAUUGAUCAAAUGCUUGAACGGCUAACCAAACACAAGUAUUUUAGCUUUCUUGAAGGGGAAACAAGUAAAAUGGAUGGAAUAGUCAAUGGAAGUCAACGGUAUCCAAGGAAAGCUCGAAGUGGAAGGAAGGAGUAA